CAACCGAUUAUAUACACUUUGCUCAUCAUUUUCUCUUGCUUGUGCUCUCUGGUAUGCAGUAGCAGUGUCGCUUCAUAUGGUGUGGGAUUCAAUCUCGCUUUUGACUAUGGCACAGCAAGCAUCUGGUACGCAAAUGGUACAGCAGUCGAUGUCGUCAAGCUCGAGGGAGGAGCCGCGUACAAGCAGGUAAUGCGCUCGGUAAAUGUUCUGUCUGACACGUCGAUGUUGUCUACAGAACUAACCAGAGGGUCACUUGGGUUCGUGUCUCUCCAGGACCACCUACCAUUCUGGACUGCUACAGAACCUGUGGAUCCCGAUGCCGGCGCUAUCACAUGGAUGCUCAAAGGCUUAAAGGCAGCUACAGAAGCUCGUGUGGAAGAGCCUCUGGCCGCUGUCGGCAUCAGCAGUUCUUUCUUGGUCCUACGAGGGAGUCAAUUCGAAAACGCUUUGAGAACUGCUGUCGCAUCUCUUGGCUUGAGCUACAAAGGUACAAGGACUGCAUCACUCGCCAUAACAGGCGUAUAUGGUCUCGAAGGACAAUGUUAUCCUGACAUCUACAAGACGCCCAAUCAGAGAGGGCCAGAUGACCCGCCGCAAAUCUAUCUGGCCCUCGAUUAUAGCCGAGCUGGCGUAUCAUCAUUCUUGGUAGAAGAGGAAUGCGGUGUUACGGAAGUGCUC